AGAUAUCACAGCAACAUGCCGGCUUUACCGCUGGAUGAGCUUCAGUUUACCGAGAAGGAUUUGCUGACUGGGAAGCUGAAAACUUUACCAGCACUGCAUCCAGAAAAGAAAACAGAACGCUCCUUUGUGCUCUAUAAGCCACCACCUAAAGCCAGAGAUCCUGCGCUGCUAGAGGAGUUCUUAGAGCGGGCCAAGUUCAUUGCAGAUGAUCUGGACUGGCUUUUGGCUCUGCCUCAUGAUAAAUUCUGGUGCCAGGUAGUAUUUGAUGAGACGCUCCAGAAAUGUUUGGAUUCAUACUUGCGUCAUGCCCCUCGCAAGUUCGACACGGUGGUAGACUUGCCUCCAGAAGUGAAUGACUUAACGAAGCACCUUCAUCGGAAUGUUUUCCUAACUUUCCUCCGAAUGUCCACUCACAAGGAAUCCAAAGAUCAUUUCAUCACACCGUCGGUUUUUGGAGAAAUUCUUUACAAUAACUUCUUGUUUGAUAUUCCCAAAAUUCUGGAUCUGUGUGUGCUGUUUGGAAAAGGCAACAGUGCUCUACUCUACAAGAUGAUUGAAAACAUCUUUAUUCAGCAGCCAAGCUACUUCAAUGACUUGGAUGAAACUGUGCCUACAGUCCUUCAGGUAUUCAACAACAUUCUGCAUACGUGUGGCUUGCAAUGUGAAGGAGCCUCUGCUGAGCCCCAGAAACUGGAGGAAAGGAUCAGGACGACUCCUGGGGACAUGCCUCUGCAGGAGCUAAAGGACCUUGUGCUGUACUUGUGUGAUACUUGUAUCACCCUUUGGGCCUUUCUGGAUGUGUUUCCAUUGGCUUGCCAAACAUUCCAGAAGCAUGACUUCUGUUACAGGCUGGCUUCUUUUUAUGAGCUGGUGAUACCUGAGCUGGAGUCUGUAAUUAUGAAGAGGAGACACGAGGACAGCAGCUUACUGCUGGACAUGUGGAGGAGGCUUUCUCAUUCUAGAACGAAGGUGGUGGAAGUUUUCCAUAUUAUUGUUAACCAGUUGUGCCUUCAGCCUAUUUUGGAAAGCAGCUAUGAUAAUGUUCAGCCCUUUAUUGAAGAGUUCUUGCAGAUCUUCACCUCAGUACUUCAGGAGAGGAGGUUUCUCCGUGACUAUGAUGAGCUGUUUCCCAUAGCAGAUGACGUGAGUCUCCUCCAGCAAGCCUCCUCCAGUUUGGAUGAAACCCGGACAACUUACAUCCUGCAAGCUGUGGAAGGUGCCUGGGAGGGAGUAGAUAGGAGGAAAAAAAUGACGAAAGGCCCAUCCACGCCAGCAGAAACAGCUGGAGCUUCGGCAACACCGCCCAGCAGCAGCAGCGAGGGAUUGGAGAGGCUCAGAGAAGAUCCUGUAGAGUGUGCUGGAACAGCUGCGAUGCCAGCAGCCAGGGUCUCUGGGGUAGAGCUGGAUUCUCUGAUCUCCCAAGUGAAAGAUUUGCUACCUGAUCUUGGAGAGGGCUUUGUCCUGGCCUGCCUGGAAGAAUACAACUAUGAUGUUGAACAGGUGAUCAACAACAUUCUUGAAGACAAGCUGGUGGCAUCCCUGAAGAAGCUGGACCAUGCAAUGCCAAGGCCAGUGAAACAAGAUCCAACCCCUCUAGUCACUGCACGAUGCAAUAUUUUCCAGAACGAUGAAUUUGAUGUUUUCAGCAAAGAUUCUGUGGACAUGUCCCGAAUACAGAAAGGCAAAAGGAGUGACAGAGCCACGACCAAAGGUUUACUGAAUGACAAGAGCAUUGUGGCUGAGCAGAGGGAGCGCUACAGUCAGUACUCUGUGAUAGUGGAGGAGGCCACAGAGCAGAGUGGAGAGGGCCUUUUUUACCAGGACACUUAUGAGGAUGAAUAUGAUGAUACCUAUGAUGGCAACCAGGUGGGAGCAAAUGAUGCUGAUUCGGACGAUGAGCUGAUCAGUAGGAGACCAUUUACCAUUCCUCAGGUCCUGAGAUCAAAAGAGCAGGAAGAGGAGGAGGAAGAGGAAGAGGAAGAAGAGGUGGAAACAAAUGCAAAGGAAGCUACGAAGGACCACUUCGUGCAGGACCCAGCAGUGCUGAGGGAGAGAGCUGAAGCCAGGCGGAUGACCUUCCUCGCAAAGAAAGGGCAUAAGCCAGACAACUCAACAGCUGUUGCUGGUGGCGCCAAAGGACAUGGCCAGAGUCGAGAGACAGUACAAGAGCGGAGGAAGAAAGAAGCCAGCAAAGGGACCAGGGCUAACCAUAACCGGCGAGCCAUGGCGGACAGAAAGCGUAAUAAAGGCAUGAUCCCAUCCUGAAGACUGAUAGAAG